AUGGUAGCUUUACUACCAAACAUUUUUUCUGUUCUAAUAAUGACAGAAUUUAUUCUGGGAAAUUUUGCCAAUGGCUUCAUAGCACUGGUGAACUACAUUGACUGGGUCAAGAGACAAAAGAUGUCCUCAGCUGAUCAAAUUCUCACAGCUCUGGCGAUCUCCAGAAUUGGUUUGCUCUGGAUACUAUUAAUAAAUUGGUAUACAGCUGUGCUCCGUACAGGUUUAUAUAGUUUAGAAGCAAGAACUGUUGUUCAUGUUGCCUGGGCAGUAAGCAACCAUUUUAACAUCUGGUUUGCUACUAGCCUCAGCAUAUUUUAUUUGGUCAAGAUAGCUAAUUUCUCUAGCUUUAUAUUUCUUUACCUAAAGCAGAGAGUUAAAAGUAUACUUCUCGUAAUAAUCUUGGGGACUCCAGUCUUUUUGGUUCCUCAUAUUACAGUGCUAUGCUUAGAUGAGAAUAUGCGGACUAAUGAAUAUGAAGGAAACAUCACUCAGAAGACCAAAUUGAAGGGCGUUUUUCACCUUUCAUUUAUGACUCUAUUCACACUAGUAAACUUCAUACCAUUUUCUAUUUCACUGACAUCUUGUCUGCUGUUAAUCAUUUCCCUGUGGAAACAUCUCAAGAAAAUUCAGCUGAAUCUAAAAGGAUCCCAAGAUCUCAGCACCAAGGUCCACAUAAGAGCCAUGCAAACUGUGGUUUCCUUUCUCCUGCUACAUGUCAGUUACUUCCUGGCUCUAAUUAUCUCAGUUUGGAAUUCUGAAAGGCUGAAGAAUCAACUAUUUGUCAUGCUUUGUGAGGUUCUUGCAAUGUUGUAUCCUUUAAGCCACUCAUUUAUCCUGAUUUGGAAAAACAAGAAGCUAAGAUCAUACUUGAAAAACAUAAGAAAGAUUAUAAGGUUACCAUACCAUUAA